AGGCGUGAACCACCUGCGACUGACUCGAUACAACAUACUUAGACGGUCGAGAAAACACCGUCGAAUCGUGAGGUGAAACGUGUGCGUCGAGUAUUGUUGAUAUUCGAAGUAAGUGAGUAGUAAAUUUGUAAAAUGUCAAUUCUAGAAGAUCGGAAGGCGUACCUGGAUAAUCCGUUUUUCACUAAGCACCAGUACGGCGAUUUUACCCCGUUCUACAUCGCCAUUACUAUUUGCUCGGUUAUCGGUGCUGUCCUAUUUACACUGAACGUCAUAUUCUGUUGGUGUUCGCCGUGGCGUGGCUACUGGCAAAAUCGCCACACCGGAAAUCGAUGGAUACAGUCUGUCUGGACCAAUACGCCGCAUAAAAAUCCACCGUUGGAUCUCACAGAGCUGGAAACUGGACUGACGACUUACACGCGGCACCAGGAACAGAUAGUUCAGUAUCACCAUCGGGAGCCUGAUAUCCAGGGGAUACCGCAGUCGCAGGAAUAUAUCGGACUGCAGAAGAGGGAAAGCGAGAUAUAA